CUAUACCCUAAGCGCUAUCUGUAAUUUCCCGCGCUUAAAGAGGAGGGAUUUUAGGGUUCUAUCGAUGGCUAUGGCCUUCGCGACUUCGCUCGGGCGCUCCACGAUCUCCAUCGGCAGUGCCGCCCCAGCUCCAGCUCCGGCAUCGGCGCAGCGCGGCUGCUCGAUCCGAUGCAAAGGUUUGAGCCUGGAAAUCCAGAAAUGCAGGUCUUCUGGGCGAGGAAUCCAGCCGCGAUUGAGCUCUAGGCUUUUGGCCAUGGCGGAGGAUGAAUCGUCCGUGGCCACGGCGGGUGAAUCCGCGGCUGAGGUAACGGAAGCGCCGAGCGAAUCGCCGGAUUCCGGGAAGAACGAUGGCGAAUCCGGUGACAAAGGCGACGAGGCAGAGGCGGUGAAACCCCGAGUUGUGUAUCCCAAAGGCUUCACUCGCUACGAGACCAUGGCUGUUCUUCGGCCGGACAUCACCGAGGAGCAAAGAUUGGCACUCUCGCAACGAUACGAAGAGAUGAUCAUCGCUGGUGGUGGAAUGGACGUGGAGAUCUUCAACAGGGGAAUCAUGCCGCUAGCUUACGGGAUCCUCAAGAAGAACACCCGGGGCGAGAAGAACACGUACGUCGAUGGCAUCUUCUACAUGUUUACCUUCGCAACGAAACCAGGCAGCGUGAAAGAACUCCAAAGAAAGCUCGAGACCGACGACGAUAUAAUCCGGGUCACCACUUUCAAGAUCAAGUAGAGGAGAGGAGGUUUUUCCUAGCGGAAUAUCCUAAGCUUCCAGGUUAAAACUGUCGGAAUAUGCGCCUGACGGAUUCGUGCU